AAGAGUCGAGGCAGGUACGAGCCGCAGACGACACCGGAUAAACUUCGGAUAUUCGCAUCUUCAGCCUCGAAACGCGCACCUGGACCAUUCAUUCCUCCUUUUCAUACGAUGUGAACGCUUCGAUCCUGCGUUUUGGGUUUUUAUUCAGGAGCUUUUGAGGUCUGCGGAGGACGAAGGAGCAGGUGGCGGUGCGUAGGUCCCAGCUCAUCCGCAUGGAGCGCUCCGAGCAGCGGACACCUGCCUCCCACCUGUAGCGUGAGCCGCGGCGGACAGAGCGCGCACCCCGGGGCGCCAUGGCGAGCACCAGCCGAGGGGACACUUGCUACGGCGACUCCGGAGGUGUCAUCGUCCAGAACGGCUCCGCGCUGAAGCACAAUGGCGUCGCCGAGCUCCCCGUCCACAACCUCCACAUCGCCGCGCACCACUUCAGCCCCGCCCACCACUUCUUCGAAAAGAGCUACUCCGACCAGGACAGCCACAGCUUGACCUCCCAAGACUCCGGCAUUCCCACGUUGGAGAUCCACCCGCCGGAAAUCCUCGUCCACCACAACCGCCAGUCCCCCGACCGCGACGCGCCCGCCACUCUGUCGCUCGACGACGACAGCAGCAGCGACGGCGUUCACAAAUCCUCGACGUUCCCCCGCAGCGGCUUCGACUCCGUGCGCCUCUUCAGCCCCGGGAUCCGGCUCUCCGCGAACAGCGCCAACGCCGGGGGCCUGAACCGCAGCGACGACAUCUCGGUGUGCAGCGUCUCCAGCAUGAGCACGGAGCUGUCGGCCUCCAACGAGGACAUGCUGGACUUCACGGUGACGUCGGACUCCAGCGCCAUCGUCACGCUGGAGACGGACGACGGCUGCGCGGCGCACUUCUCCGACGUGACGCUGUCGUCCUCCCCGGAGACGGCGUGGAGCCCGGCGAGGCAGGAGAAGAAGCCGGGCGCGCUGGCGAGUUUGUUCAGCAGGAGCCUGUUCGCCCGCAGAGUGAAGGACACGCGGCCGCCGGUGGAGCAGAGGGAUCCGGGCUGGAAGCUCUUCGGAAAAGUCCCACCACGAGAAGGACCCGUCAAAGACCCCAAGAAAAUCCAGAAGGAAUAUGAAACAAAGAGUGGCAGAGCCGGAGCGAGCAACCCCACUUCUCCUCGUCAGAGCGUGAGGAAGAACCUGGACUUCGAGCCGCUCUCCACCACGGCCCUGAUCCUGGAAGACCGACCGGCUAACUUACCAGCCAAACCAGCGGAGGAGGCGCAGAAGCAUCGGCAGCAGUAUGAGGAGAUGGUGGCUCAGGCAAAGAAGAGAGAGCUGAAGGAGGCUCAGAAGAGGAAGAAGCAGCUGGAGGACCGGUGUAAACUGGAGGAGAGCAUCGGCAGCGCGGCUCAAACCUGGAACCAGGAGAUCCUGCCCAACUGGAGCGCCAUGUGCACUUCUCGGCGCGUCAGGGACCUGUGGUGGCAGGGCAUCCCUCCCAGUGUCAGGGGCAAAGUGUGGAGCCUGGCUGUGGGCAACGACCUCAACAUCACCCACGAGCUGUUUAACAUCUGCCUGUCCCGGGCCAAGGAGAAGUGGAGGAGCUCCCCUGCCCCUGAGCCGGAGAACGGCACUGACGACGCUGGUUCUUCAGACCGAGAGUCCAGUCUGGAGCUGAUUAAGUUGGACAUCUCCAGAACGUUUCCACAGCUGUGUAUUUUUCAGCAGGGCGGGCCCUACCACGACGUUCUGCACAGCAUCCUGGGAGCCUACACCUGUUACAGGCCGGACGUGGGCUACGUGCAGGGAAUGUCGUUCAUCGCGGCCGUGCUGAUCCUGAACCUGGACACAGCCGACGCCUUCAUCGCGUUUGCCAACCUGCUCAACAAGCCGUGUCAGAUGGCCUUCUUCAGAGUCGACCACAGCCUUAUGCUGACUUAUUUUGCAGCGUUUGAAGUGUUCUUUGAGGAAAACCUACCAAAGCUUUUUGCACAUUUCAAGAAAAACAACUUGACCCCUGAUAUUUAUUUAAUCGACUGGAUCUUCACGCUGUACAGUAAGCCCCUCCCCCUGGACCUGGCGUGCCGCGUGUGGGACGUGUUCUGCCGGGACGGGGAGGAGUUCUUGUUCCGCACGGCGCUGGGGCUGCUGCGGCUCUACCAGGACGUGCUCACCUCCAUGGACUUCAUCCACAUGGCCCAGUUCCUCACGCGCCUGCCCGACCUCAUCCCCGCCGAGCAGCUCUUCCAGCACAUCGCCGCCGUGCACAUGAGCAGCCGCAACCGCAAGUGGGCCCAGGUGCUGCAGGCCUUACAGAAGGACCAGGACAAGGGCAGCCCGGUGCUGAGGCGCUGAACACCUCACAUCCACCACACCGUCUCACCGUCCACUCUCCCACUCCCCCCGUCGGAGGAGGCCGGAGCACAGGGGGGAUCCAACCCGGGCUGCGCGGACCUUCCCCUGGGACACUGUCGGAGGUCCCGUCCCGAAUCCCGGCUGUUGCGGUUCGCCUCCGCUGUGGGGAGAGCACUCGAGGCCUUAUCCGAACACCCUACUGUCCCGACACUGUAGCCCAAGAAUGUACAACCCACUCCAGCACUGGCGGACGCGACGAAGGACUUACUCCACGCAGCGAUAUAUCGUGUCCGGGAACGGCGCGCUCCCGAUGGAACUUUUUUUCGCGCCGAUCUUUCCGAAAUUCUGUAAAACCUGUGGAAUCUCAGCUUACGCAAAUGUAACUUUUCGUGUCCGCUCCAAGUUAAUUGUAAUCAGGAAAAGGGGUCGGUAGCAGCUUUAAACGGGCCUCGUUAUCGUUACUGUACGUCGCAUACACUGGACUCAAGUGUGCAAACGUGAGGUUACAUUUCAUUGUUUUUAUUUUUGGCGUGAGUGUCGUUUUCUUAUUUAAUAUUUAUCAUGACGAUGAAGGAUGAAAUUAAGUGAUUUAAAGAGAUUUAUUAUAUUGGAUUCAGUGAGUUACGGAUUGAUUAAGUUUUGUUCUGCACAGUGAUGAUUUAACUGAAAAUAAUAAUGACUGACGAUUCGCAGCCUGUCGACGUAAAACGGCGUGUCCCAAAAAACUUCACAGGUCAAUAAUUUCGGCAAUUCUUGUUGAAAUAACCUCAAAUUUUCACAGAAUCUACAGAAACUAGGGGUGUAACAAUAAACAAAAUAUCAUGAGUCUCUCAAUAAUAUCACGGAACAUCACAGUAUAUAGUCGAGUUUCAGCUGACGUCAUUGUUAUUAAAAGCCCGCGUUGCUGCUGGGAAAUAUUUUGGUCGGAGGCAAGAAACACGGUAGCGUCAAACACAGUGCGUAACCUCGCGUAUUUCUCCCCGAUAAUGGUAAAUUCCUGCUGCAUUAUCGGAUGCACAAAUAGAAGCACGGAAGAAGGAAAAUGUCUUUUUCGUAUUCUGAGUGAAAAGAACCGCUAACGGUGAAUUAAACGACUUUCAAACAUCCGCAGAGCAAACGUAGAAGAUCCUAACAAACCGUGGACUCCAACAAGUUCAACAACACAUCGAGACUCUUGGAGGUUUUCAUCUUUUCUGCUGUGAAUGGCCCAGGAGUUUCCACCAAGUCAUUGUGGAUGUCGCCCAAGUGAAUAUUUGUCCAGGUAGUUGGCGAUUCUGACCAGAAAUUUGGUUUGUUCCACCUUUUGUCGGGGUUGAAAAGGGUGAUUUGUCGUCCGUCGAUGCUUAUGACCAAUUUCUGGUCAAAUGGUCUUGGGUCCUCUGCCGUUAGAGUGGAUAAAUAACCGGGAUCAAUACCCUUUACGUGCUUUCUCGCUCCGUCCGUCGUGUUGAAUUAGUGUUUCUUGCCGCCGACCAAAAUAAUUCCCAGCAUGCAACGCGCGCUUUUGUCAACAAUGAAACUCGCCUAUUGAAUCAAAAGUUUCUUAAAGUGCAGCAAUAGCUAAAAAAAACUGAGGGAACUACAUAGACCAUGAUCCUUUGCUCCGUUUUGGUGCAAACUACAAGAAGAAAUAACAGUUCUAACACUUUUAAGUCUUUGGAUUAAGUCUUGUCGAGGCAUUUUUUUAAGAGGAAAAAGUAGCAGUAGUUCUGUUUGCCUCCACAAAAUAUCACAAUAAAUAUCAUAUUGUGAAAAUAUUGCAGUGAGAUUUGGAUAUUGUUACAUCCCUAAUUAGAAAUGAUUUUAUAUUUAAUGUUUUAUUUCUGUUCUGUUUUCAUGUUGUCACUUUGUGUCUUGGAAUUUGGAAAAAACUUCACCAACUGGCAACAAAUUUGGACUUGGAACCAAAAAUGUAAAGAGGAAUUCGAGGAAUCUGGGUUUUCGCAAGAGUUUUUCACGAACUGGCUCGACUUUAUCUUCUGAUGUUGAUGUUGGUACCAAGACCCUUUAGUUCUGUAGAAGCAGCCAAAUUCUACACAGUCCAAAUUUGUUUUUCCAAAAGUGUGUGCAAGCAGAUCCCAAGACACAAAAUGACUUCUGUUUGGGAGUGAACAGCUCAGCCUGGAAAUGGAUAAAAGUGAAAAAAAGUGAAAAAAUAACAUGUGUACUGUAAGGGUACUGUUUUCCAAAGCAACAAAAAUAUCUGACGAAGGAUUUUUUUCGCUGAAACGUUAUUUAAAAAUGAAAAAGCUUUUGGACAUUGCUCAUCUGUACAAGAAUUUUGGGUGUUUUCUGUUUUUAAUUCAACCUGGAAACGGAAAAAAACAAAACAUUAAAUAUAAAAUCUUAAUCUGUUUCUAUACAUUCUGUGAAAAUUUGAGGUUAAGAAUUACCAACAUUACUGGCCUGCGAAAUGAUGUUACAUUUUUUUGGGACACCCUGUAUACUUGUAAAUUUGGUAGUGUAAAAUUAAAUUCUACCUGCUGCUUUGUUUCUUCUGGACACAGUUCCAGGAACCUUGGACACCGUAGUCUGGCUCAAAGAUAAAAAUAAUCGGGCCGAAGACGGACCCUUGUGGAACCCCAUGUCUGAUCUUUGCUUUCUCUAACGUCUACUGCGAAUACCAACUGCAAAAACCAAACUUGACCCAUGUCUAGUGAAAACAAAGCGAUUUAAGAGGGGUGCCCAAACUUUUUUCCUCAGGCCUAACCCAAUUAUAUGUUUUUAAAAGGUUUAAAUAUAAGAGAUUUAAUAUGGAUGUUUUAUUAUUUUGUUUUUAGUGUAAGAAACGAGUUCAGUCUCCUGACUUUUCAGCACAAAAUGUGAUCAAAAUGGGUACUCCUUAUAAAUCCGUGUAUCAUUCGUUCAUUCGUUUUUCAAUAUGAAACCAAAAAUAAGAAAACGGAAAAACGAAUAUUUUCUUCAUUAUUUGUCUCCAAAACCAAAAUGAAAAACAGAUAAUGAUUAGUUUUUUUCAGUUUUUCGAUUUUGUGUUUAAAUAAUGGAAAAAAAAACGGAUAACAUGUUUACGCGACUUAAACUGGGAUGCCGGACUGAACCAGGACUGAACCAGGACUGAACCAGGACUGAACCGUUUUCAGCCCUGGUCUGGUCCCGGUCUCAGUCCCGGUCUCAGUCCUGGUCCUGUUCCUGGUCUGGUCCCGGUCUCAGUCACGGUCUUGUCCUGGACAGGUCCUGGCCUCAAUCCUGGUCUCAGUCCCGUUUUCAAUCCCGGUCUCAGUCCUGGUCCUGUUCCUGGUCUCAGUUCUGGUCAGGUCCUGGUCUCAGUCCCGGUCUCAGUCCUGGUCCUGUCCUGGUCUCAGUCCUGGUCCUGUUCCUGGUCUCAGUCCCGGUCUUUGUGCCGGUCCUGUUCCUGGUCAGUCCUCAGUCCUGGUCCUGGUCCUGGUCCACGGUCUGGUCACGGUCUGGUCACGGUCUGGUCACGGCCUCAGUCCUGGCCUCAGUCCUGUUUUAGUCCUGGUAUAGUCCUAGUUUAGUCCUUUAUCAAUUUUUUUCCAUUUUUCAUUUAAACACAAAAUCGAAAACUGAAAAAAAAAAAAAACAAAUCAUCAUCUGUUUUUUUUAUUUUGGUUUUGGAGACAAAUAAUGAAGAAAAUAGUAGUUUUUUUCAUUUUCUUAUUUUUGGUUUUAUUUUUGAAACACAGAUUCUUAUAAAUUAUGGACCAAAUUAAACCUGCACCUCUGCUCGAUACGAUAAGUCGGCUGCUCGGCCUGUAUUUCUGCAAAAGAUUAACAUUUUUGUUGCGUCUUUGUCGGGUCACGAUUGUUUUUUUUUGUGGCCGUGGUCCAAUUGUUGUUGCAAACCUUAACCCCGUGACCUCAUUGUCGACAUCGCACGAAGCUACUAUUUUAACUCCUCGGGCGGUGACAAUUUGACACGUUUGUCUCUGUACGAACAGGGACAGAGUUUAAAACAGGAAGUGGUUGAUUUUUGUCUUCGUGUGAGCCGCGUUGGGCCGUGCGCUUCACUGUGCAGCAGCCGCUCUCGAUGCACUCCUCCCCCCGCCCCCCGAAUGUGGUGACACACCGCAGGACUGCAAUAAUGCUUUUUGCACACACAUCUCAGCCUUUUUUUUUUUUUUUUUUUUGAGUUGUGCCUCGUUUUGAGCUGGUCUUCUCCGACGUUUCUCCAAGCGAUAAGUCUCGAUGUGCGCGUGACACUACCUACGUCCGUCCGAUUUAUGAUUUUUGUUUGUUUUUGUACGUGUGAUUGUGUUUUGUUUUGUUUUUUUUUGUUUGGCUUUUAAAACGUCCGUCCCCUCGAGACCCUUCGACUGUAGAGGCCCCGAAGACGAACACGCAGACGGAAGAGGGUCCCUGACGCUACUGUAUCUCACUUGAAAUGUACAGAA